GUUUCAUCCUAAUUUAAUCUACUGAAUUUUAUAAUUUAUUUUUUAAAUGGGAGAGAAAAUAUCAAUAAUAAAAAAAAUUGUAGUUAUUUANAAAUAGAAACAGUAUUCUUCUUAGAGACAUAUCAGAUCCUAACUAUUAAACAUUUGUAAUUAAUAUUUAAUAUUUGAUAUUUAGGUAACUAUUAAAGACUUUGUUAAAAUAAAUGAAGUUUAAUGGUUUGCACUAGAAACUUAUGAAUAAUAUUAGAAAAAAUAAAAAUAUUUUUCUAUAAAAAAUAACAAUAAGUGAAUUUUUUUAAUAAUCAUAGUUAAUAAUUUAAAUUUAUAGAAAACUAAGAUUAA